AUGGGUUCGAUUCCGGAUACUGCCCCUGUCGUUAGGGUCUUUAUUGCUGGUGGUUCUUAUGCUGGCCUCUCUACGGCUGUCAACUUGCUUGAUCUGGGUGAUGGCUUGUCACCGCGCAUGGCACGUGAGGAGUAUACACACCACCCUAGUGUUCCGAAAGUGAACUUCCAAAUCACUAUUGCUGAUGAGAGAGAUGGCUACUAUCACUUGAUCGGCUCUCCAUUGGCUCUGGCAGAGUCAGAAUACGCAAAGAAGGCCUGGGUCCAGUUCCAAGAUCUCCCUGCUCUGCAAGUCCCCAACGUCCAAUUCGUCCAGGGCUCAGUGUCAAGCGUUGAUUGCGAUGCCAAGACAGCAACUGUUGUCGAUAGCAUCACAAAAGAGCCCGCCACUCACCAAUACGACUACUUCGUCACCGCUACAGGCUUGAGGAGGGUGUGGCCUGUCGUGCCCCAGUCUUUGACUCGAAAGCAAUACCUUCUUGAAGUUGAGGCGCAAAUCAAGGCUCUUGAUGGGGCCAAGGAUGGCAUUCUCAUUGUCGGUGGCGGUGCUGUUGGCAUUGAGAUGGCUGCCGAGCUGAAGCAUGUGAAGCCUCAUCUCAAGGUGACUUUGGCGCACUCACGAGACAAGCUCUUGUCAUCCGAGCCGCUGCCCGACGAAUGCAAGGACAAGGCUUUGGACUUGGUCAAGGAAACUGGUGUCGACGUGUUGAUGAGCCAUCGCUUGGCCUCUUCUACAAAGGUCGAAUCCCCUGAUGGCUCAUCGAGAUAUGAGGUCGAAUUUACGAAUGGACAUAAAAUGACUGCUAGCGCGGUCGUCAUGGCUCUCUCCAAGAGCAUCUCGACGGCUUCAUAUCUCCCUUCGUCGGCCACCGAUUCCGAAGGUCUCGUCAAGAUCGUGCCCAAUAUGAGCUUCGACCCUAGCACCCCUAACGCCACAUCCCAUUUCUGCGCCGGCGACGUAGCCAAAUGGUCCGGCAUCAAGCGCUGCGGCGCCGCCAUGCACGGUGGACACCUCGUUGCGAACAACAUUCACCAGCUGGUACUGCAGCAGGUUGCGCAGCACCAGCCCAAGUUCCAGGAACUGCCGGAGAUUCCGCCCAUGAUUGGGUUGGCGGUGGGCAAGAAUGCUGUUGCGUAUGGACCGGAUGAGGGCGUUAUUUCGGGUCCUGAGGUGAUGCAGGCAUAUUUCAGGGAUGACUUGGGCUGGGGAAUUUGCUGGGAUUGGAUGCAGCUGGGAGGCCGAAAGUCGGAAGCCAAGGCGUAG